AUGCCUCUCACAAACAGCUCCAGCCACCUCGUCGACUGGCUCAGCACAGACGACCACCACCCGCACCCGCUUCGAUCACACAGUUCCUCAGAGGACCUCAUGGCCCACAGCACGCCAGAAUCCACACCACCUCGACUCACAAUCGCCAUCAAACGAUCUCUUCUGUCACGAAGAAGAUACUCGUUCCAUAUCAUCCCCCCGGUCCCACAAGUUCCUUCGAAGGCUUUCACCUGCCCGUCUCCGAAAGGAUUCGUCCACGCUGCCGGAACUUCACCAGGCUCAUCGGAUCUCCCAGUGAUUCCUGUUAGGCCGCCGCUUAGGCCUACGCAGUCUUUUGGGAGCUCGUCAGAUGUCUCGUAUUAUUCGCCGACGUUGUCGGAGUUUGGGAAGAAGUCGAUGUUCGCCUCGGUCGAGGAGAUGUUCCCGGACCAGGAGGUUUUGACGGCACGAUCUGGUCACGGUUGGAGGUUCUAUGCUACUUUUACCUGCUUGGCGCUGCUCAACUUCUCAUGUGACUUCAGCACGACUGUCUUGUCUACAGCACUACCGGCAGUUUCGCGAGAUCUUGAUCUGAAGACGCUGCAGGCUUUCUGGCUUCCAGGUUCACUUCUCCUCGCAGAAGCUUUAUGUCAACCUCUAUUCAUGCGACUGGCGCAUGCACUCGGCUGCGAACAGAUACUACUCUCCGGCGUCGUCGUUUUCAUCUCUGGCUCGGUCAUGUCGGCACUGGCCAAGACCAUUGCAUUGCUCUUUGCUGGUCAAUGCUUACAGGGAAUUGGAGUCGGAGCGACCAGCAUCCUGACAGAGCUCAUACUGGGCCAAUUUGGUACGACUCGUGACUUUCAGCCAGCAGGUCGCGGUGCAUGGACUCGAUCGACAUCACACCUCUUCUCGAUCGGCCUUGCUCUCGGACCUGUUCUUGGUGGUGCUUGUGCACAGAAUGUCGGCUGGAAGUACGUCUUCUGGCCACAGGUCUUGCUUGGCUCGCUGACUCUCAUUGGCUUGGCCUUCCUGCUACGACUGCCUGUUGUCUCAACCCACCCUGUAUCCGAGAGACUUGCAAAGGUGGACUUCAUCGGUUGGACGUUGCUGACCGCCGCGGUAUCAAUGAUGACUACGUCCAUCUUCCGAUCCGGGCCCACUCACACAUGGUCAUCGUAUCACACCUGGGUACCACUUGCACUUGGCUUUACUUGCUUUACGAUGUGGUGUCUGUACAACGGGUACCGUAUCGAGCCGGCCUUGCCGAUGGGCAUCUUUCAAGAUCGCAGUGCUGCCGUGGCAUGCUUCGGUGCAUUGGUUCAGGGUAUCCUCCUAGCUGCGAUCAUCUACUUCAUGCCCAUGUUCUUCCAGAUUAUGGGAAUGCAGCCAAUCAUGUCCGGCAUAUCACUUGCACCCUGGACCCUUGGGAUCCUCGCAGUGAGUGUCGCCAGUGGUGCGAUCAUCAGCGCAGCAGGAUCUCGAUCGAUGGUCUGGGCUGGCUGGACUCUGUUAGCAGUUGGGUGCGGGCUCAUGAUUCUAUUCUCCCCAACGACCACCGCAACAUUGUUCGUGCCUGUUGAACUCAUCGCAGGCGCCGGUCUCGGCCUUCUCACUCCAAGCCUCACCACCACCAUCGAGUCAGCAGCCUCCAACGACGACGAGAGCAUCCAUGCCGUACCACUACUCAUCUACUCCAACACCCUCGGUCAAUGCCUCGGGAUCUUGGGCAGCGGCGCCAUCUUCUUAACAGCCAUGGAGAAGGGUGUGGCACACAACAAAUACCUCAGCGUCGGCGCCGCAGCCUACACCGAAGCUGCCGCUUCUUUCAUCAACGUUAUCAACACGACUACUCUGGAGCCGUAA